ACAUGGCUCAAUUCCGACAGUGGCAGCUUGAAAGGUGGCGACGAUCUGGCGAGUAACGUUACCCGAAUAUCACGAGCGAUCAAGCCAGCUAGCUCGGAUUCGAUUCCACAAAUUGUGUAUUACCAUUAUGGCAUAGGUAUGAGUGGGGAUAAUCUGAUCAUCAAGGAAAAUUCUCACACAAAACANGGAAGUCAAGGUGGUAUUGUCGAUAGAGUGUACGGAGGAGCAACUGGUCAAGGCUUGUCCGAAGCAGUACGAGAAGGAUAUAGCUACCUUGCGACGAACUGGGAGGUUGGUGAUGAGAUCUUCUUGUUUGGGUUCAGUCGCGGAGCUUUCACCGCACGCGCUAUAGCUGGUCUCAUCGAUAACAUUGGUAUGCUGACCAAGACUGGUCUACCAUAUCUUGCGGAAAUCUUCAGGGAUGUGCAGCAUCGACAUGAUGCUGACUACGAACCAAAACACCCCAACAAGCCAUUCAAAAACAAACCCAGUGUCAUGGACCCAAGAUAUCGCCAUGAACUCGAGAGGAGGGGUAUGACAAGACUCCGCGUUCCUAUAAAAGUUGUUGGCGUUUGGGAUACUGUUGGUAAGUCCAAAUCUUCAUCACGGAAGCCAAAGUUUCUGACGCUUUUCUANGGCUCACUGGGCACACCAAGGAUUGGCUGGCUCGAAAAGUUGGGUAUUCAGAGCUCGGCAAGUAAACGCAUGUCGUUUUAUGACACCAAAUUAUCCGACUGUGUUGAGUAUGCGUUCCAAGCUCUAGCCCUGGACGAACGUAGAUCUGCCUUUGCGCCGGCUUUGUGGGAGAAGAAACCGGGCAACACGACUGUACUUCGGCAGGUAUGGUUUCCNGGGGUACAUUCCAAUAUUGGUGGAGGGCUUGAUGACCAGGAGCUUGCCAACAUCACUCUAGCCUGGAUGAUGGCGCAGGUGACGCCAUUCCUUGACAUGGAUCUGGACUAUGCAUUGGAUCAGCAAGACGACACCGAGCAAUACUACAAGGAGACGAAACAGAAACCACGUUCUUGGUCGUUUGGAAAGAUUGUCGACUCAAUGACUGGAAUAUAUGCUAUAGGCGGUGCGACAACACGAACGCCAGGAAGAUACUACGUCGUAGAUCCCAAUGACGGCCGCAAGACUGAUGUUCCACUGCAAUCAACACACGAAUACAUGCAUCCCUCAGUACGGACUCGUGUCCGACUCAAGGGGCCUGGCGUUGACGACGAAGGCCUUUACGAGCCAAAAGCUCUACGUGACUGGAAGUUGUUUGUAGAUUACGACGGAGAAAAAGAUCGGGGUGGUCGACCGGACAUCUUCUGGAAGCUGCGUACAUCUGAACGAAACGUCACUACUCGAACAAUACCGGAAGCACCGUUGUUGCCGCUGGAGCGGGAGUUGCUGGAGAUGGAUCCCGAGAUGGAGGAGUUUGUGUUCAGGCCUGCACCUACGGCAAAGAACAGUGUUCGGCGUGCGCGUGCAGCUAGCAGAAGUCAGAGUCGUAGACGAUAG